GCUGGAUCUCGCCGACGCAACGACAUCGCUAAAGGUCACUACGAAUACUGGACCGCUUCGAGGCUUUGACAGCGCUCACUAGCGAACAAUAGACUUGAUUCACUGUCUUUUCGUCAGAUGCCUCGAGCUAGUAAGACAUGCAGCUUUAACAGUCAUGCGACAGGUAAUCUGCCUGGUUACAUGGAGACCCUUGACUUCAUAUAGGCGAUCCAGUCGAGAUAGAUGCAGCGCGGCUUUGGCGCGGCCCGCACGCCCCCAUAUCUAGCGCACCGCACAAGACUCCCCCUUCCUUCCAAUCUUCACCAUUGCCAGCGGCCCCAGCAGCAGCAUGCCAGUGCAAACCACCUGCCCCCUCGAGCGCGCCGCAACGCGCGCAAACAUCGGCUAUCUUCGCAGUGGAGUCGCCCCCCUCCUCCCGGAAGAGAUAAAGUUCAUAAAAGACGACUCUGCAAAUCUUGAAUCUGAACUCCACCAUGUCGACGAAGAGAUUGCACGGCUACAAGCCCUCCGCGACCAAAUUCGCAAGCAACUCGCCAUCAGCCGCACCAUGGUCGCCCCCAUCCGGCGCCUCCCUCCCGAACUGCUUGCGCACAUCUUCACCGCCCUCGCCGAUACCUCCACGGACUCUUGCCGCACGCGCACCAUCAGUACAACCAUCGCGUGCGUCAGCACCAAUUGGCGCGCGGUCGCGCGGAGCGUCCACGGCCUGUGGACGUAUGUCAAGCUUGCUUCGAGGGCCACUGCGGAGUAUCCGCAUAUCGACGCU